AUGGGGGAAGAAGGCGGCGGCCGCAGCUGUGGAACCCCUAGGGACCUGCAGAAGCUGAAGCAGCAGGCGAUGGAGUACUAUCGGGAGAACGACGUCCCGCGCAGGCUGGAAGAGCUGCUCAACUCCACCUUCUACCUCCAGCCUGCAGACCUCUACGGGCACCUGGCAAACUACUUUUCUAAACUUGCAAAGCCUCCUUCCAUAUGCAGAGUAGUGGGGAAAAUCGUUCUGGAUGGACUGGGGCUUCCUACCCUACAAGUGGAAAUAUCCUGCAUCAUUCAAAAUUUCCCCAAGUUCAUGUGUUCUGUGGUGAUGCCUGCUCACUUUGAAGUCCUGGAGAAUGCUUUACCAGAACUGGUGGAUGCAGAGGAAGCAGAAAGAGAUCUGGCAGUGAGCAGGGCAAUGGAGUGGGCCAAUGAGGCCAUGACGGAGGAGCUAUGGGGCCUGCUUCCUGCCAACCAGGCUGAGGUAGACCGGAGGCUCAGGCUAUUUUUUGACAAUAAAGUACAAGAAGAUAAGGAAAGAAAAGAAUUGGAAAGGAGCCUCGAAGAGCCUGUGCAUGUACCCCUACCUGUCACACCGCCACCACCUCUACCUCCCACCAAAAAGAAAGGGCCGAAGCCAGGACGGAGGGAUACACUUUGCGAGAGGCCGAUCCUCCCCUCAGAACCCCCUGAACCUAUACUUUACGGCAGCAUGGCAGUAGGGGCUGUGUCACUAGCAGUUGCCAAAACCAGUGCCAGGCUGGCCAGUAUUCCUCUGUACUUGAACAUCGCGUUACUGAAGCACAAUCAGGAGCAUCCAAUGACAUUCACUAUGCCUUUGCUGAUGGGAACUGUGCUAAGCUGUGGGAAGUCAUCACCUGGGAAGUUAAACUUAAUGAAAGAACUGAUUUGUAUACCCCAUCCUGGACUAACAACCAAACAGGGUAUAGAAUUGCUUCUGGAAAUUCAGAAACAAGUCAACAGAGCGAUGGAAAUGCCCCCACCUCCAAAAUCAGAAUCAAAAAAAGGGCAUGAUGGAAGCAAGAGAGGUCAGCAGCCUAUCACUGGCAAGAUGUCUCAUCUGGGCUGUCUAACCAUUAACUAUGACACCAUAGAACAGCCACUGACUCUCAUACAGGGAAUCUGUUCAAACCUGGGGUUAGAACUGGGAAUGAGUCUGCAUCUAGCUAUCAACUGUGCUGGACACGAGGUGAUGGACUACAGUAAAGGGAAGUAUGAAGUGAUGGUGGGCACCUACAAAAACACAGCUGAGAUGGUGGACCUGUAUGUGGAUCUGGUCAACAAGUACCCAUCCAUUAUUGCCCUAAUUGAUCCUUUCAGGAAGGAGGACUCUGAACAGUGGGACAGCAUCUAUAACGCUCUGGCUUCCAGGUGCUACAUCAUUGCAGGAGCCGCAUCCAAAAGCAUCUCCAAACUCCUAGAACACAGAAACAUCAGCACCCCCAAAUCCCACGGGCUGGUUAUAAAAUACACAAACCAAACCACAGUGUCUGACUUGGUGGAAAUAACCCAUCUUAUUGACGGUAAGAAGCACCUUGCUGUCCUGGGAAGCACGGAAGCCGAGACGUCUGAUGACAGCCUUGUCGAUUUGGCUGUUGGACUCGGUGCCCGAUUUAUCAAGUUGGGGGGUCUUUCCAGGGGUGAAAGGGUGACCAAAUACAACCGCCUCCUGACUAUAGAGGAAGAAGUCAUCCACAAUGGAACAUGGGGUUGCAGCGAAGAGCACAAUUUUUCUUACUUUCAAGAGGGUGCUGAAAAGACACCGGAGGCCACUGCCACGAUGCCCGAGGAAGUGCCUGGCCCCCUGGACUCCAUCUUCCCCACGGAGGUUGUGGAAGAAUCAACUAAAAUAUGAGCAUUGUCAAGACAGGGCUGGACCCCUGCAUAGGGCACAGCCACACCAUGAACAUGGCUUGUCUCCAUGUCAGCUCUGCUCUUAACUGUGUGCUCUUUUUAUUCUUUCAGUUUCACUGUUUGGUAAAAUGUGUAUUUGACAGCUUUGCCUGAAAUUCUGUGAGCUUUGUUCUUCAUCUGUCACAUUCCCACGGGGACACUGGCUCUGCUGUCUACUUUUCAAGGUCCUGAGGCCAAUGUGUUUUUGUUACUAGGUGUAUACUCACUAUGCACCUCAUCCUUCACAAAUCAGAAUAUCUCCAGAACCAAAAACCUAAUUCUGUGAGCAGCUCUCGGCCCUGGGAACAGGAGCUCGUCAUCUGUGGUUCUCCUGGCCCUCUGCCUACAGACACUUUUUUUGUAGGCAAUCACAAGUACCAGAACGCUGCCUCCUUGGGAACAGCCGAACACCUUCAUCUUAAGUUUCCUACAGUUAUUUCCUUUCUCCUGAUCCCUUCCUCCUGAUCCCUUCCUCUUACGUUUUAGUUGUUUGUGUAUUAUUUUCUUCUUAGAUCCUUUUUGGAAUAAGUAUUGAUAAAAGUUAAUAAAAACACUGGCAAAUAAAUAUCCUUAAUGAUUAUUUGAUAUCAUCUUGAUAUCAAAUGAUACCAAAUUCAUGUUGAUGGAUUCUCCUCUUUUGUGAACAGAGGGGUUUUAACAGAGGAGUUCUAGAAAUAAAUAUUCAAAUAUAUAAAUGUAGUAACAUUAAACUUCUUUAUAUGGGUGAGUUCUUUGUUAGGGUUAUUUCAAGGGCUCUUUGUAUCUCCUGAAGAUUAUAUAAAUUGCCACGUCUUGGCCUGUAGCAGAAUUGUCUGAGACUUCUAAAACAGUAUAUAAAUUUUUGAGGACUUCUCUUUUGAAGAGAAUGACCAAGGGAGCAUCAUGUUCUCAGAGUAGAACCAAUCUCUUACUUUCAAAGCUACAAUCUGAAACUGGUCUAUGGCCAUACCACCCUGAAUGCGCCUGAUCCCGUCUGAAAUUGGCUCAGUGGCAGACUCUUGGAGCAUGUCCUGGAGAAUUGGUCAGCAACACUCUUAAGUUGCGGGAAAUGUGUCACAGUUUUGUGGUUGUUGCUGCCUCUCCUGAUGCUCAGCAACAAACAGUGGGGCAGAAGAAAUUGGAAGGAAAAUCCAUUUAAAAGGCAAGACAGAUGUAACUAGAUGUCUAGCUUUAGCGGAUGUCCUUGCAUGCAUGCAUACGUUCACACGCAACCAAAUUACAUGAAUAUGCCUUGAAAUGUAUAUAAACUAUAAUAAAAGCAGAAGAGAUGACUUAUUACCUUUACCAGGUCAACACUCAGAAUGCAGUGUGGUCUUAUUAACCUAACUUGAGAACUGUUCUGACCAGUGGCUAGGGAGCAUUUCUUAGAGGGUGAAGCACUGUAUGUAUGCUCUUUUUCUCUCUCUGUCUGUCUGUCUCUUGCUCCAUCCUUCCUCCCUCCCUCCUCCUUCUCUAUAUCCCUCUUUCUCUUAUAAAAUACAUAAUAUUAUCUAUAAGGAGAUAAAAGAAACUAGUCAUAGCUCAGAUUUAAAAUGACCAUGGAAUGAGAAAAUGUGUCUAUAAAAGAUGUCAAGCCAUUCCCAUGCCUGUGUAAGGACCCCUGAGGACCCUUCUGAGUUCAGUGACAAUGACAGCCAGGUUACUUGUCUUUCACAACUUACUGGUAUAUAUACUAACAUGGCUUUCUGGUGGAAAUGAUUCAUGCAUGGUAUGCCUUUACAAAAGCACUUCAGACUGAUUUUAAGACCGUCAUGUGGGCUAUUACUUGCCCAAUACACACCUCAAAGUGGUCAAGAAAGAUAACCUACAAUCAUUUUUAUGGUGCUUCUCCAUUUUCAACAACCCUUUUACUGUUCACAAAGAUAAGGAAGAGUUAUUGGUUGGAGCCAAAACAUCCUUCCCUUUUACUCAGGCCAAGCCAGGCUGGUGCUGGUGGCCCCGUUGGCUCCUGCCAAACAGAAGCCCCUUUGGCUGGAGAACUGUUAAAAUGACAGAUAGAAAUUUCUGUGGGACUUGCUCAGACAUAAAAGGGUGCAGGAGUUUUAAUGAUGUUCUUAUAUCCCAGAGGACAGACCCUUUCUUUUACUUAGCUGAGCAAAGGACCUGUAUCCCUCUUUCUCACUAUGGCUAUAAAGGGUGUUAACCUUAGUCAAGAGAACUGCAGCAAGAAACCUAAUCUAUAUUUCCCAAACAGAGCAAAAUGCCCCGCUAGAGAAAACAGAGAUGUGUAAUUCCUCCUAACUUUAAAAUGGCAUGAGUUGAUGCCUAUGAACCUUUCUGUGCAAACAGCUAAGAGCAUAUCUUAAAGAUACACAAGACAAGACCAGCUGCUUUGCCCUCAGAUACGCAGCAAGGGACAGAACCCCAAAGCUGAGAUGAAAGGGAAAACUGUAGGAAAAGAUGAACAAAUGGCUACAUCAGAUACCUUUGUACUACAGUCAUUUGCAAGGCUCUGCGGUCACAGGGAAGGAAAGUACAUUUUCAAAAGUCUAAAAAGCAAAGAUGCUUUCAAAAUUACAGGUUCUAAUCGAUGCCUAGUCUAGCCAGCACGUCUUGCCUAAUGGUUAAUUUUCUUCUGCUGGAAAUGAGGCUGCUCUUAAACCACGUUACUUUGUCAAUAUGUGUGAUGAAAUAACAUGGAAAGGUGGUGUGCCUGUUUUCAUAUUCCUAAACGCAUGUAAGGGUUGUGGUACAACCUGGUGCCACACACAAGAAGCAUGGAAGAAGACUUGUGGAGUAUGAAAACUUACUGAAGUUAUCCACUUACAUUGUUUGACUAUUAAAGAAUGUCAAGAUUGGCUCAGUUUGGAGACUGGAGAUGUGGCUCGAUCAUAGACAGCUUGCCCUAGCAUGUGAGAAUUCCAUCCCCAUCAUAGAAGAAACAACACAAAACGAAAUAAAAACAAAGCGUUCUUCUAGGUUGGAGAACUAAAACAUGUCAAUAACCACAACUGACCCUUAAUGAGAAACUGCUGGCGUGUCUUUUUUUAAUAUGCUGUGGUGAGGAGCGUUCAAAUCACAAGCUAAGAGAACCCAUCUAAACGGAUUACUGUUUAUAGUUAGCACAUCAUCUGGCAGUAUUGUUCAGCUGGAGAAGCACACAGUUAAAAAAACAUUGCAUUUUAAUUCCCCAUGAGUAAACUGAUAGGGAACUGUAAAAUCAGCACUGAAAGAACACAGAAAUAGUCAAGCAUAAUGAAGCUACAGCAAGAUAAUUGUCUCCAAAUUGAGGAAGUCCACUCACCUGUCUCCCCUCCUCAAGCCAAUGCUGGUAGCACACGUGCAAAAUACAACACAACACAACUACUGCAAUUAUUACUAUCGUUUUCUUUUGCCCUUAGGUGCGAAGCACCUGACAGCUACAUGCUGAGUCAUGCUAACAAAACUAAACCUUUCAGUUUCUUUAAUAGUAAAAUUACCAUUACUGAAUCAUUGUCAUAAAAACUGCAUUCAAGUACAUUACCACUUAUUUUAAAUAAACACCAAUUUUGAAACAAUCAACUUUGAAAACCUGCAUAAGUUUUUUUUUUUUUAAAUCCCUGAUUACAUUUCUAUUUAUUCACUGUGGUAGCCUGAAACGUUGUAUUUUUAGAAACCACCACUUAAUUUCCUCUUUAUAAAAAACAACAACAACUGUGUAAUGUAGUGAACA